GCAGAAGGGUUUUACCCAAAUGCUUCUCAACUUUGUUAUACUUCACUUUCUAAAAAGUAUCCAAUUCCUAAUAAUUAUUCUGUAAGAACUAGUUGGGGACAUGGUGAAAAUCAGCAAACA